CAUUACCUUCGAGCAAACACAAUCCCAUGCUCCAGCUUUCCACCCCGCAGCGCCUAAUCAAGGCGGGCCUCACCGCUCCCUCCGUCCGCUCCUUUAAUCUCCUCCUCUCCUUCCUCCUCUUCGAAGCUCGCAAGCCCCGCCUCGUCCUCUGUCUCUUCUCCCAAAUCACCUCCAACUCGCUCCCCGUGGACCCCCGCACCCACUCCCUCGUCGCCCGCGCCCUCGUUCGAUCCCGCCGCUUCCACGACGCCGGUCGCUUCAUCUCCCGCGCUCCUCUAGACUUCGGUUUCAGGAGAUCCCUUGUCGAGUCCCUCAUCCGUCGUCUCUGCGUCGCCGAACGAAAUCCGGACGGAGCCCUCAGUCUCCUGCAAGAGUGCGUCCGGAACCGUGGCGUCUUCCCCUCCCUCGGCUCCUUCCGCUCGGUGGUUGCGGCAUUCUGUUCUCUGGGUAGGUUGGAUAGAGCAGUCGAGGUGUUGGAGGCCGCAGCUGAUAAGAAAGACCGUAUCUUGACCGACAAUUUCGUUUGUAGUUCCAUUAUCUCCGGGUUCUCGAGGAUCGGGGAGCCGGCGCUUGGUCUGGAGUUUUACGAAAGAGCAAGGAAAGUCGAUGGCUUUCUGCCUAAUCUCGUCACCGUUACGACUGUGGUCGAUGCACUGUGCAGAGAAGGUAGAAUCGACGAGGCCUGCGAUCUGGUUCGGAAUAUGGAAGACCAGGGAAUGGCGCUCGAUGCCGUUCUGUAUAGCUGCUUGAUUGAUGGGUAUCUGAAGAGAGGUGACCUGAUGGAAGGUCUUCGGAAGCACAAACUCAUGGUGGACAAGGGAAUUACUCCAGAUGUAGUUAGCCAUACUAGCAUCAUUGAUGGGUUGUGUAAAGAAGGAAAUGUAGAGAAAGUGAUUGGUUUUCUGGAGGAAAUGGAGAGCAAAGGUGUGCAUGCCAAUGUGGUGACUUUCACAGCUGUAAUUCGUGGUUUCUGCAGGAGGAACAAGUUGGAGGAAGCAUUUCAUGCCUUGAGGAAAGUGGAAGAGUUGGGUUUUGUUGCGGAUGAGUUUGCAUAUUCUGUAUUGAUUGAUGGAUUAUGUAGGAAGGGAGAUUUGGAUAGAGUUUUUAGUUUGCUUGAGGAAUUGGAGAAGAAAGAGAUUAAAGUAGGAACCGUGACAUAUAACACAUUGAUCAAUUCCCUAUGUAAAGCUGGCCAAGUAAGCAAGGCAAAUGAGAUCUCAAAGGGCUUUGCUGGUGAUAAUUUCACCUACGCGACAUUGUUACAUGGAUACCUGAAGGAAAUGGAUGUGGCAGGCAUCUUGGAGGUCAAGAGGAGAUUGGAUGAAUCUGGCAUUGUUCCUGACAUCGUUACUUGCAAUGUUCUUAUCAAGGCUCUGUUUAUGGCAGGUAUGAUUCAAGAUGGUUGUAAGCUGUUUGAUGAAUUACCUGAGAUGGGCUUGUCUGCAAAUUCAAUUACUUAUUGUACUGUGAUUGAUGGCUACUGUAAGGUAGGAUUGAUUGAAAAGGCACUUAUGGUGUUUGACGAGUGUCGGAGAGAUUCAUUAUUUGCUAGUGCUUCUACCCAUAAUUGUAUUAUCAGAGGACUAUGCAGACAAAACAUGUCAGAAAUAGCUAUGGAAGUUUUUGAAGACCUUGUUGAGAGAAACCUAUCCCCUGAUUUAAUUACUUGUAGGAUGCUAAUUCGAGCUAUUUUUGGAAAAGGUGAUGGUGAAGCAGUGUUGAGAUUUAUUCACAGAACGGAGAAAUUAGAACCUGAGCUUCUCGUUUUGAUAUGCAAUGAGGCUAUUGUAUUUUUAUGCACAAAGGGAUGUUUUUCGGCUGCAUUGGAUGUAUAUAUUCUGUUGAGAAUUAGAUUCCUGGCAGUUAUGAGCAAAUCAUACAAUGUACUUCUGAAAAGCCUUUUACGAAUUGGAGAUAAACAAAUCGCUGAACUUGUAAUAAGUGAAUUCAUCAAGAUAUAUGGAACUUUUGAACCUCAGAUGACAAAUGCUAUGUUCCUUUACCUUAGCAAGAAAAAUGUGGAGAAAGCUAUUCGUUUUCUAAAUAUUAAGUGUAUUUCAGUCGGUGCCUUGACCACGGUCAUUGACACUCUUAAUAAGGAAGGCAGAGUUGAAGAUGCUUACCAGUUUUUAUUGCAAUCUGAAGAAAAUGGAGUUCCUGUGGAUGUAUUUGUUUACUCUCUUGUGGUGGAUGGACUUUGCAAGUCGGGUUAUCUCGAAAGAGCUCUAGAUCUCUGUGGAAGCAUGAAAAAGAAAGGGAUAUACCCUAAUGUUGUCAUCUACAAUUCUGUAAUCAAUUGUUUGUGCCAGCAAGGGUGCCUAACUGAAGCAUUCAGAGUCUUUGAUUCUUUGGAGAACCUUUCUGUGCCUCCUACAGUUGUUACUUAUUCUACUCUUAUAGGUGCAUUAUCUAGAGAAGGUUUCCUGGAUGAUGCAAGCCAAUUAUUUAAAAGGAUGAUCAGCAAGGGUAUUAUCCCAAAUACACCAGUUUUUAACAAACUGAUAACUGGGUAUUGCAACUGCGGAUUGGUUGAAGAAGCCUUGGAUCUCCUCUCAGAUUUGGAAAAGAAUUGUUUGAGUCCAGAUGAUUAUACAAUUGCUGCGAUCCUAAAUGGGUUUUGUCAAAGAGGCGACAUUGAAGGUGCCCUAGGUUUCUUUACUGAAAACAAAACCAGAGGAUGCUUUCCAGAUUUCUUGGGUUUCAUGAAUCUCGUUGAGGGACUCUUUGCAAAAGGAAGGAUGGAGGAAGCAAGGAGCAUUUUAAGGGUUAUGCUGCAGCGUGCAGAAAUUGUAGAUCUGAUAAAUAAUGCUGGAGAUGAGCUUCAUGUAGAGUCCUUAGAUAGUCUCCUAUCUCUUGCAUGUGAGCAAGGAAGAAUCAAGGAAGUCAUACUUGUUCUAAAUGAAAUUAGUUAUUUGUCUAUAUCUUCCCCAAGGUCUGACAGUGGUAGAGUGUUUCUGAAACUAAAGGAGCUGCACGGUUCAGGUGUUGUAGAUACAGAAAACAAGAUAGAUGGAAGAGAUGAUGCUCAUCAUCUGCUGUCUGCAGAUGUUCAUGGGACUAAUAUGAAGGAUGGAUUUAGAGAGAAGGUGGAUGGAGAUGGUAACAAGGAGAUUAAUGAAUAUUUGAUGGGAAAACCACCAGGCUAUGACUUUGCAACCUACUAUUCCAUCAUUUCAUUGUUGUGUCAACAAGGGGACCUACAGAAGGCUAAUGAAGCAGCCAGAACAAUUCUUCAAAAUCCAGAGAAAGUCUUCAAUCCGUCCAUCCCAACUCUUUGAAGAGUAAAGAGUUUUGUAAGGGACUGGAUAAUGUUUGAACUUACUGGUAUUGUAAGCUGAAACUAUAUAUUAAAAGAGGUUCAAAUCAGGUUUUUGCAACUCUUUGAGUAGAGAGUUUUCUAAGAGAUUGAGAGAAUUUAUCAAGUGCAAGAAAGGUGUUAAAUUCUGAGCUUUGGCAUGCCUUUCCUGCACUAUUUUCCACAGGGACACAGUGAACAGGUUCUUAUCUUUCUGAUAUUCUCAUAUACUGUGGAUACAUCUUUGUAUUAUUU